AUGCAAGCGAAGGCAAAGCACCGAUUUCCAAGCAACACCUUAGGUGUCAUAAACUGCGCUCUACACCCGAGAGGAAGCUUUGGUGCCAAUCUGCUUCUCGACAAGCCUCGUGAGAAGCCUGCAAACUCUCGUGAGAAUCCCGCAAAGUGUCAACAAACAAUUCACAUCUCUGAUCUGCCUUUCCAGCUGCUAGCGCAGAUGGCAGGGUUUAUCACGUGA